UUUUUUUUUGUUUUAAUGGAGCAAAAGGUUUUAGGGUAUUUUCAAUCACGUGUUGGGCCAAAAAAGGUUACACUAAUGAGGGUUUUACAAAGGCAAGCCGAUUUUUUAAAGUUAUUCGGUAAGACAGGACUUUUGAAAAAUUAUUAUAAUAGAUUACGUUAUCGUGGUCUUGUUUAUAAUUUAAGCUUCUGUUUAUCAUUUGGUUGGUUAAUUGUAUUUUCUAGAUUAUGUGGGUAUGGAUUUUUAUUGUGUGGCUGGGGUAGUAACACAAAGUAUUCUUUAUUUGGUGCGGUUCGUGCUGCCUUUAGUAGGGUAACCUUUGAGGGUGUCUUGAUGUGUUUAAUUUUGUUGAUUGGGUUAUUGGUUGGUAAAUAUGGUAUAAGUAUUUAUAAGUUGGAAUUUGGUUUUAUAAUACUAGGUGGAUUAUUAGCUUAUCCAAUUGUGUUAGUUUCUAUUUUAUGUGAGUGUCAACGUUCACCUUUUGAUUUUUCUGAGUCUGAGAGUGAUUUAGUUAGUGGCUUUAAAACUGAUUAUUAUGGUUUAUCUUUUGCUAUUAUAUUUGCUUGUGAAUAUGCAAUAAUGGUGUUUUUUGGUUGGUUUGUUUCGAUUAUUAUAAGGCUGUUAACCCUAAGUUUGUUUUCUUUUUUAAAUAUUUCACCAUCUAAAACCACAAAAUAUUUUUUUCAAUUCAUGAACUCCUAUGAGUGCGGGUUUAAAUCAUUUGGUACAAGUAUAAGAAAAUUUAGUUUGAGGUUUUUAUUAUUGUUAGUUUUUUUUGUGGUUUUAGAUGUUGAAAUAGUGUUACUAUUAAAAAUGGGUUUGUCAGAAAUUUCAUGGGGUUCGCUGAAGAUAGGUAUAGUUUAUUUGUUCUUGGGCAUGUGGUCUGGUUUUGUUGGUUUGGGGCUCAGUAUGAUAAUUCGUUUAAAUUUAAUGAGUCCUUAUCAUAAAAUUAUUUCGACUGAGUUGUAUAAAUUUACAAUAACAAGACAUGGAAUCGUAAUGAUUUUUUUCUUUUUGAUGCCUGUCUUAAUUGGAGGGUUUGGCAAUAUUUUAUUGCCAAUAUUCACACGACAGGGUGAUAUGAAGCUCCCACGAAUUAAUUCUUUUACAUGUAUUUGGGUUCAGGUGUUGGUUGAACGUUCUACCCCCCCCCUCUCCAGAAAGUACUUUUCUGGUAGUGGUGUGGAUUAUAUGUUAAUUUCUUUACAUUUGGCUGGUUUAUCUAGUAUGUUAGGUGCGUUAAAUUUUAUUAUAACCUGUAAUUGCUAUUUCUAUUCUACUUGUUCUGGUUUGAAUUCUAAGUUGUACAUAGAUUGGGUACUUCGUACACCAAUGUUUGUGUGGGUUUUGGCAGUAUUUUGUGAUGAUGACCUGUGUUAA